CCACCAGCAUAUCUGAAAAGGACGAGAUGGGGCGGCACAUACGGCGUGUGGUGUGCGCCAUGUCUGGCGGGGUGGACAGCAGCGUGGCUGCACUUCUGCUGAAGCGGAGGGGGUACGAGGUGCUCGGGUUCUUCAUGCGCAACUGGGACGUGCGAGACGAGCAGGGCGUGUGCCGCGCCGACCAGGACGCCGAGGACGCCGCCUGGGUCUGCCACCAGCUGCAGAUCCCCUUCCAGGAGGUCAACUUCGUCAAAGAGUACUGGAACGAGGUGUUCAGCGAGAUGAUCCGGGAUUACGAGACGGGCUUUACGCCCAAUCCAGACAUCUUGUGUAACCGGCACAUCAAGUUCACGGCCCUGUACGAGCACGCGCGCCACGCGGUGGGCGCCGACGCCCUAGCAACCGGCCACUACGCUCGCACCUCCGCCGGCGAGGACCUCACCGAGGCCAAGGAGAGAUCGGUGCGCCUGCUGCGAGCGGUGGACCGGCACAAGGACCAGACGUUCUUCCUGUCGCAGGUGCCGCAGAAGGCGCUGCGCCGCACCAUGUUUCCGCUGGGGGAGUUCACCAAGGACGUCGUGAAGAAGGUUGCCCGGAGUGCGGGGCUGCAGCGCAUUGCCGCCAAAAAAGAGUCCAUGGGCAUCUGCUUCAUCGGCAAGCGUGACUUCGGCGAGUUCAUUGCGCAGUACGUGGACCCGCGACCGGGCAAUUUCGUGGACCUGGAGACGCGUGAGGUGGUUGGACGGCACAAUGGGAUCCACCAGUGGACAAUCGGCCAGCGCUGUAACAUCGCCGGCCUGCGCGACGCCUACUUCGUCGUUGAGAAGCUGGCGGACUCGGGAGACAUCUUGGUGGCACCGGGUCCACGACCACCCGGCACUGUUCUCGUCGACCGUGCAGGCCGGCCAGCCGCACUGGAUCCACAGUCCGCCCGACGACCUCUACAGCCGGGGCAUGCUCGACUGCCAGUUCAAGUUCCAGCACACCGAGUCGCUGGUGCCAUGCACCGUCACCAGUCGCGCGCACAACCCCUGGCACCGCGCGCCCAGCGUCGACCACCUGACGUGUCGCUGGUGCAGCCUCUGCGGGCGCUCACCCCCGGACAGUUUGGCGUGUUCUACCGCGGGGACGAGUGUCUCGGCUCGGCGCGAAUCACGCGGCCCGGCCCGUCCCAGUACGCCUUGGACGUGGAUAGCUGCCGCACCAAGCGCCACGAACGGUGA